AUGCUUUGUUGCAUUCCAAACGCUCCAGCGACUAGACGAAUAAAAAUUGACCGGUAUUCCAUAGGUAAUCCAAUAAACUUUCGACACAUUGCACACAUGGGUAGCUCAGAAAUAUCAGAUAAUAAUGUAUGCAAUUCUUUUGGUCUCCUCGACCAACAAUCUCUACCAGUGCACUUAAAAUUGAUUGACUUACCUAAUCUGUCAGGUAACAACAACACUUCAGUAUCAUGUGGUCCUUUAACUCCGUCAAGUUUAUGUGUCAGUUCUACAGUUUCAUUUACUUUUACCACCCAAUCACCAAUGUCAACAACUAUAGCAAAAUCAACCAAAAGGAACUCGCUUUUGGAUCAUAAUUCUGUGUUACAUGAGCCUUGUAAAACAACUCACGUUGUUAUGCGCCAUUCAACUCACUUGAGCAAUCUAAAGCCAGAAUCACCUCGUCUCGAUCUCAGUUUGCCGUUGCCUCCACCACCACCACCUCCUCCUCCUGUUAAUCCUGCUAAUCUUCGUUCUAUGUUACACCAUUUUUUCCUGUUAUUUGAUUACAAACACCAGAUUAUAGAAGAACUAAGACUUUUCUUGUUGGUAGUCAACCAAUCCUCACAUCCGUUAUAG